GUCGCGUAGACUAUAAAAAAAAUGAUCGAAGGAGAACCGUGGAUUUCGGACGACAAUGGAGAAGAGGUGAAUAAGUUGCCGACUGCUUCUGCGGGUUUAUUGGAGGAAUCGAAGCCCUGUGGGAUUUCAGUUUGUGAGAAGCAAGCGUCUGCUGAUUCUGAGGACUCAGAUCUGGAUAGCAUGAAGGAGGAAUUGAAAAAAUUAGAAAAAGAAGAAAAAGAGCUUAUCGUCCAGCGGGAGAAGGCAGAAUUAAGACGCAAACUUAAAGAAAAGAGAGACGCUGUAAAAUCUUUAAAGGAGUUCAGGAAGGUGAUCAUUGUGGGUGAUUCUAUGAUAAAAAACUUACCACCGAUUGAGGGAGUUGAAGUUAGAGCCAUCAGAGGUGCUACAAUCGGUAAAAUCAAUUUUCUUCUAGAGAAUAGACAGCUGUCUCUUGGUUCUAGUAACUAUAUAAUUAUUCAUGCCGGUACCAAUAAUAUUGCCAAUGGCAAUUCAUGUGACUAUAUUUUAUCUGGUCUGGCAAAUUUGAUUGCAACAGUCCGUCGUUUAAAAACAGACAUUCAUAUUAUCGUUUCUUCUUUACUUCCUCGGCCGGUGGAUAAGGAUGAAACUGAGUCAGUUAUCAAACAAGUCAAUACUUGUUUUGAAAAAGAAAUGUCCAAGGAUUUGAAUGUGAAGUUUGUGAAAUCUUUCCGUCCAUUUUUGUUUAAGGGCAGAUCAAAAGAUUUCUUUUUGCCAAUCUAGAUGGAGGGUUACAUUUGAAUACUGAGGGCUCAAAUCGUUUGGGUCAUUUCUUCUUGAGGGUUAUUUCUACGCUGAGUUAUUAAUUAUUAUUUUUGUUAUGAGUUUCUUCUUGAUUGAAGAAAUACUGUCUACAGUUGGAUGUGUUAACCUUCUGGGCAGUUAAGUCAUAACAAAUUAUUGUAAGGUUCUAAUUGUAUAUUAUAUAUAUAUAAAUAAUAUUAUGUUAGUCAUAUAGUAGUAAUUGUUGAUUCAAAUUACUAUUUCAUUUAUUUCUACAAUUUGUGUUAAAAUUUUGAA